AUGUCUGUCAAAUUUCAGGAGACAACACAGACCAAGGUGACAGAGGCUGCAUCUGGUAUGGCCAGCGCAGCAGCAGGCGCGGCAAAGGCGGCUACGGAGAAAAGAGAAGAUCUUACACACCGGGUCGGUGAAUUCCUGACAGGAGGAGAUACGGGGAAAGGCUAUUUAGCGGCCUAUCUCAAACAACUGCAGACAAAUCCUCUUCGAACAAAGAUGCUCACUUCCGGCACAUUAGCUGGAUUACAAGAAGUGAUAGCAUCAUGGCUUGCACACGACCGAUCUAAGCAUGGACAUUACUUCAGCAGUCGUGUCCCGAAAAUGAUGGCAUACGGCGCACUGAUCAGUGCUCCUCUAGGUCAUGCUCUGAUUGGAGUGUUGCAAUGGCUCUUCAGCAACAGGUCAAGCCUCAAGGCGAAAAUACUCCAGAUUCUCAUCAGUAAUCUAGUUGUUUCUCCUAUCCAAAAUACGGUGUACCUGGCCAGCAUGGCUGUCAUUGCUGGAGCUAGGACCUUCCACCAGAUUCGUGCUACCGUUCGUGCCGGCUUCAUGCCAGUUAUGAAGGUCUCAUGGAUCACGUCCCCUAUAGCUCUGGCAUUUGCUCAAAAGUUCCUGCCAGAGUAUUUGUGGGUGCCAUUUUUCAAUUUUGUGGCAUUUGUGAUCGGCACAUAUAUUAACACACACACAAAGAAGAAGAGACUCGCAGCUUUGAGGAAGAAGCACUACGGAGAAGGCAGAUCAGGCAUCGGGGCUCCGCGACCAUCAGAACCAGGAUACUAG